UCGCACGAACGGGCCAUUCGCCAUGCGCCCGUCAAGAGCCCACGGGCCACAGCCAUCGUCGCCUCCUCGGCUCCAUCCGGCGAGAGUAGACCCCAAUCCCCUCCGCCUCUUCCUGCCUCUGCGGAGCCUGAGCAUCUCCGGCCUCCCUGCUACCCACGUCCCCGCCCCAUCCUCGCAUCUCCCCGCCCCCCGCCGGAUUGGCUCGAUCCGGAGACCCAAGUCUGAAGUUUAUACUUGGUGCCACUGGAAGCGGAUGCUGCUGCGUUACACGCCCGCUAUAUGUUUGCAACGCUGCACUUAUACCAUGUAUUCUCAGCCUGGUCAGUUACUAGGAGGAUUGUCACAGAGCAUGGCCUUCUGGAAGCAUUCUCGCUCACAUGCAGUCAGUUAUCACACAAAAAUGGGGUUAGUUAGUCUUUCUCCUAAGAGCACAACAUCAUCUCGUCUGCAAAAUGGGGCAUGCUUUGCCUGCUUGGAGCAACAGUCUAAACAUGGAUUAUCAGCGAGAGAUCGUAUCCUACAUGCUAAGCUUGACAUGACCUCACAUCGCAAGUUUUCUAGUAUUAGCUGGAACUCGCGAACAACCAGAAGUUCAGCACAAAAAAUAGGAGGUACAUGCACUGCACUUUUCUUGAGUUUCGCAGUUUCUGGGAUAGCAAAUGCUGAGGGUCCGGUGGAUAAUGACAUUGAUUCCAAAACAUCCACUAGUUGUGCUCAUGGGAAGAAAGUUUACACAGAGUAUUCUGUCACUGGCAUUCCUGGGGACGGUAGAUGCUUGUUUCGUUCUGUGGCUCAUGGUGAGUGCAUUAGGUCAGGGAAACCCAUACCUAAUGAGAAUCUUCAGAGAAAGCUCGCUGAUGAUUUAAGAACAUUGGUUGCUGAUGAGUUUAUCAAGAGACGGACAGAGACUGAAUGGUUUAUUGAGGGCAAUUUCGAUACAUAUGUCUCUCAGAUUAGGAAGCCACAUGUGUGGGGAGGAGAGCCAGAAUUGCUCAUGGCUUCUCAUGUUCUUCAGAUGCCGAUCACUGUUUAUAUGCGCGAAGAAGCAGCGGGCGGUUUGAUAGCGAUCGCAGAGUAUGGCCAGGAGUACGGGAAGGAAGACCCAAUCCGAGUCCUCUAUCAUGGCUGUGGCCAUUAUGAAGCGCUGCAUAUACCAGGAAACGCUGAACCCAGGUCAAAACUGUAAAACAUUUGGAGCUCAGAAACCAGAUAGUAGCCGAGUACCUGAGCGCUGCAAGAAAGUCCGGAUCACGCCAGCCCAGCGGAUCUCAACAACCCACGGCCGCUUCCUCCGCUGCAUGCAUCGCAUGCAAACGUCCAGAUUCAGAUGUGUACUUAGCCAAAUCUUGUCCAUCUAUUUCCUUCUAUAAAAGACGCACGUACACAACCUGAUCGAUGAAUCAGGCAGAUAAUUCUGGAUCUGAGUAAUCUUUCCUCCCGGCCCAUCCACCA